CUUUUCAGCGCGAGAUGCAUUUGACUUAUCCCGACUUAUUUUUACUUGAAGUAUUGUUGUGUUCCGAUUUUUUUGCAAAAUAAAGUAAUUACAUUGGUUUAUAUCUUGCACUUCAUAAAACUGAAUAGUGUGUCAUAUAAUAAUCGAUGAGAGAAGGUUUGAGUCAGUUGUUAUAAAAUCGGGGGUGGAUAACUUGAGAUAUGGCUAUCACACUCUGGAACCUGUUCGAAGCCACUUUACUCUGUCUCAAUGCCGUCUGUGUUUUAAAUGAAGAGAGAUUCCUGGUGAAAUUUGGGUGGGGACUUAAAAACACAGGCACGAUGGAAGGAUUUGGAGAAAAUCCAUACGUGUCGCCGACUAAGCAACAAAUUCUUCAUUUAAUUAGAUCCAUACGGACCGUCAUGAAAUUUCCACUUAUAUUCCUGAACAUUUUGGUCAUCAUCUUUAAGCUCAUUGUUGGAUAGAUUUGUCGACUACAAUUUAUUGACCAAUAAUUAUAUCUUUGUAAUAGUUAAGCUAACGACUUCUAAACCCCUUGGAUUGCAAACCAACUGGUACUACUAGCAUAAUACUACUAUAAUGAUAAUUAAUACAAAAAAAUAUUGUGAUUCAUAAAUUUUGAAUAAACUCGGGAAAUGUAAAUGAA